AUGAAGGAUCCCUUUGUUACCGACUCCUAUAUUGAUUCGCCUACACGGGACAGUUUAAAGCAUAUUGACGGGUGUUACAGUAAAAAUUUAUUUAAAAACAAAUCCUUCAUGAAUUCUCGUCGUGCCUUACAAUCUGGUGCAGAUAAAAUCUCAAGAACAUUCAAGAAUAUGAGGAAUACUUUUGGGGACUUGUCUCAGCAUUUCAGGCUCGGUGGAAGAAGGAGGCACCGAUUAGCUGAAGCAACCUCACCAUGCAGAACACCAUGUACUCCUGUUACAAAGAAAAAACAGAUCCUAGGCCGCAGUCCCACCAAAUUAUACAGUCCAUUUGGUAUUGAAACACCAAGGAGUAGGGACUUUCGGAUGUCUCCGUAUAUGCCUAAUACGCCAGAACAUGAGAUUUCACCGAAACGGCGCAAGGGAAUCGCUCAUUGGCACCUUUUAGGAAAGAAACCGAGAGCUCUUUUUCAGUAA